AAUAUGUAAAUCCGAUCCUAUCAAGCUAGCGGAGAGUACCGGUACGGUACAGUAUGAAAUUUUUCUUCUCAUUUUAAUAUGGUUAUUCGGGGCAGUGCCACAAUGAGUUGGAUUAAAUCAAAGAUGGCAAUUUCCUGUUUUUGCAGAUUCAGUUUUGCGCAAAUUUUUUCAUUUUAUUGGGAGAUAUCAUUUCACCAUGCUCAUACCGGUGAGAAUUGAAAUGCUGUAUACAAAAUUUUUGUCCCAGGGGCUAUGCAUCAAAUCGAUGCAUGUAGGGUAGGAUGAUACCUAAUAAAUAGUGACAAAUUUUGAACAAGAGAAGUGAAAUAAUAUUGUCAAGGUGAGGAAGAUAUGGCAAUGCUGACAUUACGAAUGUUUUUUUUUUCUGUAUUGACGAGCUUAAUUCUUAAAUGAAAUUUCUCUCCAGUUUAAUAAAUAUUCCUCUCCAAGGUAAAAGUAACAUGAAUAGUGCCUGUCACCAUUUGUAUAUUUCUACAUAUUAAUUGGUACCACUCCAUACAUUUAGUUGCAGGCUAAUAUUAUCCUCUAGAUAUGUCAGUCAAUUACGCUGCUGGUCUAUCACCCUAUGAACACAAGGGAAAAUGUGGAAUGCCUGAAAGAUUAGACGAAACUGAAAGUUUGCAAAAUGCUGUGAAAGAACUUGUCAGGCUGAUCUUGGAAAGCAAGUGUACUGUUGUCCAUACAGGAGCUGGCAUAAGCACUUCAUCUGGCAUUCCAGAUUUUAGAGGUCCCAAAGGUGUUUGGACCCUAGAAGAGAAAGGUAUGAAACCAGAAUGCAACAUCCGCUUUGAAGACGCAGUUCCAUCAUACACCCACAGAGCUCUAGUUAGACUUGAGCAAGCAGAACUGGUACACCAUGUUGUUUCACAAAAUGUUGAUGGACUACAUGUAAGGUCUGGCUUUCCAAGAAACCGCUUAUCUGAACUGCAUGGUAACAUGUUUGUGCAAGUAUGUGACAAAUGCAAUAAAGAGUAUGUGAUGGACUAUGCUUCUCCAACAAUGGGAUUGAAGCUUACUGGUUUAAAAUGUGCAAGCAUGAAAGCUAGGAGAAAAUGCAGAGGUCAGCUUAGAGAUAGCAUACUUGACUGGGAAGAUCCAUUGCCAAACAAACAACUUGGAAAUGCUGAUACAAUGUCAAGAGCAGCAACACUAUCCAUAACUUUAGGUACUUCACUUCAAAUAUUACCAGCAGCAAACUUGCCUCUACAUGCUAAGAAAAAUAAUGGACAUCUGGUCGUUGUUAAUCUUCAGCCCACGAAGCAUGAUAAAAAGGCAGACUUACGCAUUCAUUAUUAUGUGGACGAGGUUAUGAAAGCAGUAAUGGACAGUCUCAGUUUGGAUGUAUCCGAAUUCACUAAGCCUGUUGUGAAUGAAUUCUCAGUGCAUUCAAAAAAUACUUUUCCCAUAAGAGCUACUAAGCGCAAGACAAAAUUCGAUAAAACUGAAGUAACACAUAUACACAAGUUGCCAAAGGAAGAAAAAUUAGACAUUGAGUCAUGACAUUUUUUUGGCAAUUAAAAACCAUCGUGCAAACGCUCGAAUACCCAGUGGAAUCAGUGAGUUACAUAUAACAGCAGUUUUUCUACAAAAAUUUAUUUGGUUUGUAAGAAGACAUGAUCUAAAAAAGUUGUUCAGUGUUUUAGUCUAUCAACAUCGAAUCGUUUAAUUGUUCAAUAUUUUGGCUUAGCCCUUUCAAAAUACUUUCGUACUCUUUUCCGCAGUAAGUGUUUUCAGUCUCUUUCAAAUUUCUUUCCAUCACCUGUUAUUAGAAGAAAUUGAGAGGGACAUUUGCAUCGUACACUUGACUAUAUGUUGUUAAUUUUUAUGCAUACCGUAUAUGCUCGUUUUUUACCGCCGAUCUUGAUUAUCCGCCC